UAGCUUUCCGGAAGAGUCAGAGAGGAAUACUUUUACUAUGCUGCGGGACUUUUAUACGAAAAUACAAUCAGGCCCGUCCCGAGAAAAUCGGUACUGUCGGGCUGUUUGAAAUAGGUUAAUUCCAUUGGUGCUGUGUAUUUACUCGUAUACCUGGACCAAGUUUGAAAUAUGUGGUUCAUACAUUUCGCUAUCUUUAAUAAAGUCUACCAAUGUAGAAUGACAUGUGAAGGAGGUCACUUGGUAAAAUGGUGCAAAUGAGACACAAAUAUUGGACAAUUUGACUUUCUGAAUGAGAAACUGAAUUUUAUCUUCACGUUCCAGGCAAAAUCUGUUUACAUGUGCAGGUCACUUCGAUAUUGCGUUAGUCACUGUCUUUAUACAGCAAUGACAAGGCUAGAAGAAGCUAAUAGGGAAGUUAACAUGUAUUCCUCAGUAAGAUAUUUGGGCUAUUUGGCUCAAUUGAGCUUGCUAGUGGCCAUAUGUAUGGGCCUAUAUGUCAGAUGGGAUCAGACAGACGAUUCCUUCAUUCUAGUAAUAUUUAUUUUGGGCCUCGUCAUCUUUGCAAUUGCAAGUAUUCUAUACUAUUAUUUUUCAAUGGAAGCAGCCAGUUUGAGUCUUUGCAAUCUUUGGUUUGGAUUUCUUCUUGGACUCCUCUGCUUUAUUGACAGUUCAACAUUUCAACAUGAUUUAAAAGAAGAAGCUACAAAAUACUUGCUUGUUUCCUCCAUAAUUAUCAAAACUUUGUCUGCUUUGGUGGAGAGAAUUUGUGGUUGUGUUCGACACCGGCCAACUCUCUUGACCUCAUCUGAAUUUUUGGAACUGGUUGGUUUUGCAAUUGCCAGCACCAUUAUGCUGAUGCAAAAGUCUCUUAGCAUUAUCUUGCUAGUUGCAGCAUUGGCCAUGAUCAUAAUUGACCUGCGCAUGAAGUCCUUUCUGUCUAUUGCAAUCCUAGUUGUUUUUGCAUCACUUACUCCAGAGUUAUUUUUCAGAUCUUUGGAUAUUCCUGUAAACCCAUAUGCCUUAUCUUGCUUUUUCUUCUGUAUAAUAAGCAACCCAUUUCUUGAUGUAUACUUUAGUGGACUCUCUGUCACGGAAAGAUGGAAACCUUACUUGUACCGCGGACGAUUUUGUAGAAGGUUUUCUGUUAUUUCCAUUGGAUUGAUUGAACUUGUGUUUUUUGUGUUUGCAGCUUUAAAAUUAGGUGACUUGCAUCUCUGGUAUUUUGUCAUUCCUGGAUUCUCCAUCUUUGGGAUAUUUUGGCUGAUCUGUCACAUAAUAUUUUUGAUUACCCUUUGGGGAUUCAAUACCAAACUUAAUGAGUGUCACAAAGUAUAUUCUACUCACAGACCAGAUAACAACAGCCUAGACAGAGUGAUGGCUUCCAAAGGAAUGCGCCAUUUCUGCCUUAUUUCAGAACGCUUGGUUUUUUUCAGUCUUCUGGCAACAAUCAUCCUGGGUGCUGUUUCCUGGCAGUCAUCGAAUGGACUCUUCAUUAGUAUAUUUCUGAUUGUAUUACCACUGGAAUCCAUGGCACACGGUCUUUUCCAUGAACUUGGCAAUUGCUUGGGUGGAACAAGUAUUGGCUAUGCAGUUGUGAUUCCUACGAAUUUCUGCAGCCCUAAUGGUCAGCCCAUGCUUCUUCCACCAGAACAUGUGGAAGAAUUAAAUUUACGGUCAACAGGAAUGUUAAAUUCUAUCCAGAGAUUUUUUGCCUCUCAUAUGAUUGAAACGUAUGGAUGUGACUACUCUACAAGUGGACUUAAUUUUGAUACUCUACAUUCAAAGCUGAAGUCAUUUCUUGACUUAAGAACCUCUGAUGGACCUAGACAUGAUACGUACAUAAUAUACUACACUGGGCAUUCACACAGCACUGGAGAGUGGGCAUUAGCUGGUGGUGAAACGUUACGCUUUGAAACUCUUUUGGAAUGGUGGCGCGAGAAGAACGGUUCUUUUUGUUCACGACUUAUAAUUGUAUUGGACACAGAAAGUUCACAGCCUUGGGUUAAGGAAGUCCGCAGAGUCGGAGAUCAGUAUGUUGCUGUGCAAGGGGCGGAGAUGGCAAGGGUUGUAGAUAUUGAAGAAGCAGAUCCUCCUCAGCUAGGGGAUUUUACUAAAGAAUGGGUAGAGUACAAUUGCAAUCCCGACAACAAUAUCAAUUGGACUGAAAAGGGCCGUACUGUAAAAGCAGUUUAUGCAGUAUCAAAGCCCUGGAGUGAUUAUACUUUACAUUUACCAACUGGCAACGAUGUUACUAAACAUUGGAUGACCUAUUUCCCCCGCAUUACAUACCCACUAGUUCAUUUAGCUAACUGGUGUGGGGCUCUUAACAUGUUUUGGCUUUGUAAAAUUUGCUACAAGUGUUUAAAAAGGUUAAAAAUGAAUUGGUUCCUUCCAGCUGUACUUGAUACAGGACAAGGCUUUAAACUUGUCAAAUCUUAGUGAUGGGUUGGAAGUUGUAAAGCCUCUGCAGUCUUCUAAAGCAAAAAGAAACAUUUGUUAUUUCGUUCACAUGGGCUGAAAAUCAUGCUACGUUGCUACUCAACUUGUUCUGAUAAAAUGGUUGUAAUGCUGAACUGUGUUACUGAGAGCAUUCGCAUGUGUAUGAGCAUAUACCUGUGUUUGUGUGUGUCUUUAUAAGAAUUUGUUCAUUAGAUGGACAAUUUGACAGUAAAACUGUUACCAUAAGGGGGGAGGGGGAGUCUCCCAUAAUUUGCAACAGGCAGUCCUUCAGAAUGCAGCCAAUCAAAAGAACAUUGAAUUUAACAUGGUACAAGAUGCAUACCAGUACAUCUCCAUGCUCUGUGUGAGCUUGUGAACAGAUAUAAUAAAGACAUAUGGUGGCAUGUUUAUUAAAAUUCAAACUAGGGAAAUCUGAAUCCUGUUAACAUAUUACAGCAGAUCAACGAGUCCGUUAGGUUGAAUGAGAUCAACUGCUUUAAACAGCUGUUUGCUUUUGGUCCUGAAAGUAUCCAAGCUGGAACAACUUUUGUUAAAGGAAAACUAUACCCCUCGAACAAUGGAGGCCUCUAUAAAGAUAUAUUGCAUAAAAACCAGCUCAUGUGUAAAAACUGAGCUUCAUAUAAAUAAACCAUUUUCAUAAUAAUAUACUUUUUUAGUAGUAUGUGCCAUUGGAUAAUCAUAAAUAGAAAAUUGCCUGGGAUCGUAGGAUUCAUGGUGCCCACAAACAAACCAUACAUGUUAGGUCACAUGAGCCAAUUAACAGACAGAGUUGUGUCUUUUGCUUCCACACGUCUUCCUGUUACAGUUUAGUAUUUCUGGUCAGGUGAUUUCUGAGGCAGCACACAGACCAUUACGAAAUGGUGGUUCAGGUCAAGAGAUGGAAAAGGACAAUAUUUACUUAAAUAUAUAUAGCACUUUGGUAAGAUUCUUUAAUAUUUCACUUAAUAUGAUAUAAACUAUUUGUGGCUUAAAUAUUCAUUUUAGGGGUAAAGUUUUCCUUUAACUGCUUAAUAAAUCAUGCCCAUAAUUCUAAAGGCACACAUGUAAAAGGUAAUACAGGUAUUGGACCUGUUAUCCAUAUAAGGGAUCUUUUCUAACUUGGAUCUUCAUACCUUAAGUCUAGUAAAAAAAUUUUGAACAUUAAAUAAAUCCAGUAAGGUUGUUUUGUCUUCAGUAAGGAUGAAUUAUAUCUUAGUUGGGAUCACGUACAAGAUAAGGUUUCAUUAUAACAGAGAAAAAGGAAAUCAUUUAAAAAAGAAAAUUAUGUAUAAAAUGGAGUCUAUGGUAGAUGACCUUCCCAUUAUUUGGAGCUUUCUGCAUAAGGGAUAAGGCAUACCUGCACUUUUAGUCAGACAUCAUUGGUGACCUAUUUUUAUUGUGAAGGACAUAAAGAUCUGCCAAUUAUCCUUGCUCUUUUGAAGGUACUAAAACAAAACAUAGGCAAGAGAGUAACAGAACCAUUCUUAAUUGAAGUACAUAAUAAAACAAUUCUCCAUUUUUGUUUUCAAUUUGGAUAUACAGGUAUGGGACCUGUAAUGCAGAAUGCUCAGGAUCUGGGGUUUUCCGGAUAACGGAUCUUUCUGUAAUUUGGGUCUUCAUGCCUUAAGUCUACUAGAAAUUCAUUUAAUCAUUAAAUAAACCAGACAGACUGGUUUUGCUUCCAAUAAGGAUUAAUUAUAUCUUAGUUGGGAUCAAGUACAAACUACUGUUUUAUUAUUACAGAGAAAAAGGAAAUAACUUUUAAAAAUUUGGAUUAUUUGGAUAAAAUGGAGACUAUGGGAGACAGCCAUUCCGUAAUUUGGAGCUUUCUGGAUAUUGGGUUUCCGGAUAAGGGAUCAUAUACCUGUACAGUAUUUAUUUAUAAAAUGGGUAAUAGUCACAGGCCAAUUAAUAUUGCAAUUCCCUGUUAAAGUGUUUGUUAGAUCUGUUAUCCAGAUUAGUUAUAACCUGUUUUUUCCAGGGGAUGUUUCUGUAUGACAAAACUUGAAGGAUUGUUUUGCAGCCAUGCUCUUGUAUGCAAAUUUGUCAAAAAUGGAGAAAUGUUUGUUGUAGUAGAAGACUUUUGUAAAUGGUAUUACCAUUUUUUUUAAUACCCAUACCAAUACCUUGGUCUAGAACACACUUUCAGAGCAUCCGGUGUAUUUUGCAUGUUACUAAAAGAUAGUACAGGUAUGGGACCUUUUAUCCCAAAUGAUCGGGACCUAGGGCUUUCCGGAUAAUGGAUCUUUCUGUAAUUUGGAUCUUCAUACCUUAAUUCUAGAAAAUCAGGUAAGCAUUAAAUAAACCCAAUAGGCUGGUUUUGCUUCCAAUAAGGAUUAAUUAUAUCUUAGUUGGGAUCAAAUUCAAGGUACUGUUUUAUUAUUACAGAGAAAGAGGAAAUACUUUUUAAACAUUUGGACAAAAUGGCAUUUAUGGGAGACAGCCUUUUCAUAAUUCAGAGCUUUCUGAAUAACGGGAUUACAGAUCCCAUACCUGUAUAUGGUAAAAAUGUAUUUUGAAUUAUUCGUUAUUAGGGAUGCACCGAAUCCAGGAUUCAGCCUUUUUCAGCAUAUGCAAAUUAGGGGCAGGGAGGGCAAUCGCGUGACUUUUUGUCACAAAACAAGGAAGUAAAAAAUGUUUUCCCCUUCCAACCCCUAAUUUGCAUAUGCAAAUUAGGGUUCGGAUUCGGUUCGGUAUUUGGCCGAAUCUUUCACGAAGGAUUCGGGGGUUCGGCCGAAUCCAAAAUAGUGGAUUCGGUGCAUCCCUAUUCGUUAUGAAUUCAACUCGGUUAGUAAGCAAUUUAAUUGGGUGGCUUUCUUGCUGUCUGAACAAACUUUUGCAAAUGUGGUUCUUGCUGCAUGUUACAGAUUUUAUUUUGGAUUGUUCUCUUUAGAUAGAGCAACCAAUACCAAGGAUAACAGCAGACUGAACUCAGGGAUGAAAAUGCCAUUUGACACAUUUAAAAAUGUUUUAUGCCUUGUUUACAUCAAAUCUAUGCAAUGUAGUUAACACAAAUUAUUCUUGUUUAUAUGUAUGUGUACUGUAUCCAAUGUCCUGUUACACAAUCUUGAUUGCUUCUUUUGUCUUAAUGGUUUUUUAAUAUGUUCAAAGAAAGAUUAGUUACAAAUAUAUUUGAUAUAUUAAAGCUUUAUUUGUGUAACUGUAAAUAAAAUGUACAUGAUUUUUUAAGUUGAAAUAAAUUUGCUUCUUUAAGAA